AUGUCCUCCAACACCUUCCACACCACCACCGAAGACAUCCGCAAGGCCGAAUCCAAGGUCGCCAAUGCCCACGGUGGCAACAUCCCUAAGGACUCUGAUGUCUCCGCCAUGAAGUCCGUCCUCGAGAACAACAACAACAAGCAGGCCGACAUCGACCAGACCAAGGCCAAUCUUCCCCUUCCCGAGCAGCCUCCCAAGCCCAGUGACUGGAACUCUGCCGACCAGCGAACCGUCAACGUUGGCUCUGGCCGCACGGAGGGCCCCGUCUCCUUCGAGGGCAACAGCGCGCUGCGAGAGCCCGCGACGGCAGGAAGCAGUGUUCGUGAGUCCGGCGAUGAGCUGCACAAGAACACCGCACCUUUGAACCACGUCGGUCGCCAGGCCAAGGAAGGCCUUGACGGUCUUCCCCGGGAUGCCCUGGCCCGGUAG